CCGAACAAGUCGGCGACCGGUCUGCGAUGCGAUGCUCGGCUGGGAGGGGGGGUGAUGUCAGUCAUUUCGUGGAUUGUGGGAAAGUAAGGGAGCAUCAGCUCGCCAUAUUUCCACCCCCUUGCAUUCCAGGGGUGCAAGGUCAGUAGCAGAAGCGCCUGAUGCGGGAGGAGGCUGCAGCCUGCACAUUCAGGGGAGGUGCAAGAGAAAACACUCAAGGUAUCACAGGACCUAGCGAAUAACAACGAGGGGGGGGAAAAAAGGCAACGGCAGCACAGAAACCCAGGUGCAUUGGAGUCGAAAAAGACUCGACCUACAGACUUACAAAUUCUGCAAGUUAAGAAAGUGGCUUUCCUUCCUCCACCAUCAACGCUGCCCUCAAACACACCUCUUUCAUUCCACGCACACCUGCUCUGAACCCGUUCUCCCACCUCCCUACCAAACUGGACCAUGUCCGCCGUGGUCUACCCCAGGGACGAGCGGUUGGAGAGGCUGACGCAGGAUGAGAUAGUGAUGAGCACCAAGGUGGUGAUCCAGGGGCUGGAGACCCUGAGGAACGAGCACAACUCCAUCCUCAACACCCUGCUGGACGCCAUGAAGUCACUGCAGAAGGGCAGCCAGGAGCCCAGCGUGGCCCAGGAGAAGUCCUGCCUCCUCCAGAAGUCUCUGGAGAGCAUCGAGCUGGGUCUCGGGGAAGCCCAGGUGAUCUUGGCGCUGUCGAGCCACCUGAGCGCUGUGGAGUCGGAGAAGCAGAAGCUGCGGGCGCAGGUGCGCCGCCUGUGCCAGGAGAACCAGUGGCUGCGGGACGAGCUGGCGGGCACGCAGCAGAAGCUGCAGCGCAGCGAGCAGGCCGUCGCCCAGCUCGACGAGGAGAAAAAGCACCUGCAGUUCAUGAACCAGAUCAAGAAGUUCGACGAGGACGUCUCACCCUCCGAAGAGAAGAAUGGGGAUUCCGGGAAGGAAGCUCUCGAUGAUCUUUUCCCGAACGACGAGGAACAGUCGCAAGGGCAGCAGCCUCACACGGUGGGCGACGCGGCCCAGCACGGGGGCUACGAGAUCCCGGACCGCCUGCGGACCCUGCAUAACCUGGUGAUCCAGUACGCCUCACAGGGGCGCUACGAGGUGGCCGUGCCGCUCUGCAAGCAGGCGCUGGAGGAUCUGGAGAAAACGUCCGGCCACGACCACCCCGACGUGGCCACCAUGCUCAACAUCCUGGCCCUGGUGUACAGGGACCAGAACAAGUACAAAGAGGCAGCACACCUCCUGAACGAUGCACUCAACAUUCGGGAGAAAACACUGGGCAAAGAUCACCCGGCAGUGGCAGCCACUCUCAACAACUUGGCCGUCCUGUGCGGUAAGCGGGGGAAGUACCGAGAGGCAGAGCCGCUCUGCAAGAGGGCGCUGGAGAUCAGGGAGAAGGUUUUGGGGAAAUCUCACCCAGAUGUGGCCAAGCAGCUGAACAACCUGGCCCUUCUGUGUCAGAACCAGGGCAAGUUCGAGGAGGUGGAGAAGUACUACCAGCACGCCCUGGAGAUCUACGAAUCCCAGCUGGGACCUGACGACCCCAACGUGGCCAGGACCAAGAACAACUUGGCAUCCUGUUACCUAAAACAGGGCAAAUACAGAGAGGCAGAAUCGCUGUACAAGGAGAUACUGACCAGAGCCCACGAGAAAGAGUUUGGUUCUGUCAGUGGAGAAAAUAAGCCAAUUUGGAUGCACGCUGAGGAGCGGGAGGAACAGAGUAAGGGCAAGCGGAGGGACGGUGUCCUGUACUGGGAAUAUGGAAAUUGGUACAAAGCCUGCAAGGUCGACAGCCCGACUGUGAACACCACACUGCGGAGCCUGGGAUCCCUGUACAGGCGGCAGGGUAAACUCGAGGCCGCUGAGACCCUGGAGGAGUGCGCGACCAAGUCACGCAAGCAGGCACCGGACACGUCCCACCCCACGCGGGUGGUGGAGCUGCUGAAGGAUGGGGGUCCCGAGACCCGGCCGGGCCGCGACCAGCUGAACGGCGCCACUGGCGUCGUCAACUACAUCAUCAACGGAGCCGAGGGUGAGGAGUCGGGCACGGCUGAGUGGAACGGGGAUGGCAGCGGGUCCCUCCGGAGAAGCGGCUCGUUUGGGAAGAUCCGCGACGCGCUGAGACGCAGCAGCGAGAUGCUGGUGAAGAAGUUGCAGGGGGACUCCCCCCAGGAGCCCAGGAAUCCCGGGAUGAAACGGGCCAGCUCGCUAAACUUCCUGAACAAGACCGGCGAAGAGGCCGCUGAGCAAUCCGGGAGCAACCUAUCGGAUUCGAAAGCGCUGAGUGCCAGUAAUGUGGAUUUAACGAGACGCAGCUCGCUGGGGAGCUUAAACUAACCGUCUCCCCAUGGGCGAGGAGGGCAGGGCUGUCGUCCGCGCCUCCCGCCACCGCCAACACCACCGCGUCCUCGCACCUCCCUCCGAAGAGCUUGACGGAUAUUUCGUUUAAUUUCUUUGUUGCCGUUUCUUUUCGGGCAGUCCCGGAGAUCCAGGCGCCGGGAGACUCUUCGCUACCCUCGAUGCAUGCAGUACUUGCGUCAGCCCGCAGGGCCAAUUUAAAAACCAUUCUUGGCGUUAAGAGGAGCAAGGUGUGUGUAGUCUGGUGUGUUCACACGUGUGUGUGUGUGUGUGUGUGCGCGCGCGCGCGCGAUAGAGCUUUGCUUAUAGCUGAGAGUUAAUAGGUUAAUAGUAAAGCAGGAUUGGGUUUAUUAUCACUAACAUACGCCGUGAAAUUUGUUGGUGACAGCAUCUUCGACCAUAAGUACUGUGCUGAAGUCUCGGGCACAUAGAGCUGGGGUGCCCGAGACGUUUGCACAGCGCUGUAUUUGUCAACGUGGAGCGCAGAGUGAGUUUGUAAAUCUGGCGGGAGUGAAGGAUGUUGGGAGUGCCGCGGGAGGGGUGUGGGACGGGAGGCAGAGAAGGAGGCCAAUGGUGUGGGGUGCAGACACACCCCUUGAUUCCAAACUGAUCAUUACUGAAUGUCUCUCUGGUGCUUCUCGAUUCCUCCCCUCUCCCUUCCCCUUUUCCCAACCGCGAUUCCCCUCUCCCUGCCCCCUUCCCACUCCCAGCCCACAAUGGAGACCCGUAUCAGAAUCAGGCGUAUCAUCACUCACAUGAGGCUGCUUACCAAGUUAAGAGCCUGUGGUAUUACAGGAAAGUUACUGGAAUGGUUCGAGCAUUGGCUGGUUGGCAGGAGGCAGUGAGUGGGAAUAAAAGGAUCCUUUUCUGAUUGGCUGCCAGUGACUAGUGGUGUUCCUUAGGGGUUGGUGUUGGGACCGCUUCUUUUUGUGCUGUAGAUCAAUGAUUUAGAUGAUGGAACAGAUGGCUUUGUUGCCAGGUUUUCAGAUGAUUGGUGGAGGGGCAGGUAGUGUUGAGGAAAGAGGACGGAUGCAGAAGGACUUAGACAGAUUAGGAGAAUGGGCAAGGAAGUGGCAAAUGAAAUACAAUGUUGGAAAAUGCACUUUGGUAGUCAAAGUAAAUAUGUGGACUAUUUUCUAAAUGGGGAGAAAAUUGAAAAAUCUGAGAUGCAGAGGGACUUGAGAGUCCUUGUGCAGAACACCCUAAAGAUUAACUUGCAGGUUGAGUUGGUGGUGAGGAAGGCAAAUGCCAUGUUAGCAUUCAUUUCAAGAGAAUACAAGAGCAAGGAUGUGAUGCUGAGGCUUUAUAAGGCCCUGGUGAGGCCUCACAUUGAGUAUUGUGAACAGUUUUGGGCCUCUCAUCAAAGAUGUGCUGGCAUUGGAGAGGGUCCAGAGGAGGUUCACAAGGAUGAUUCCAGGAAUGAAAGGUUUAUCAUACGAGGAACGUUUGAUGGCUCUGGGUCUGUACUCACUGAAAUUUAGGAUGG